AUGCCUGUCAUCCCAGAGUCCUCGGAAUUUCCAUCGGCUCCGCAGAAGGAUCCUAAAGAAGACUCCGGCAAAACGGGCGAACAGCAAAAGGCAUCGGCCCAGGAUUUCAUAUCAAAGGGUCCCGUGGUUUCUGAUAAUCUGCCACCCAAGGCGUCGAGGGAGGAAACCGAAGCGCGCAUGAAGGAGCUGAAUAAGCCAGCUAGCUAUGCUGACCAGCCCAUCGAUCUCGACUUCGACCUCGACUUUCUUGUGUUUGCCAACCUUGAACUUAAACGCGUCAAGGCUGAAGGUCAAGGUGCUGUUGAAGGGCUCCUCAUGCCUCAAGAACGCGCAAAUGUCCCGGUGAAGCUGUCCCUACCAUUGCAAUACCAGCAGGACAUCUUUACCGAACUACGAACGGAGGAUGAGCUAGUCAUCCUAGCCCGCGGCCUCGGCCUACUCCAUCUGAUCGCGAACCUUCUACACUUCUACGAUGCGGCGGGAAACAACCUAGUUCUGUUGGUAGGAGCGGACGAUCGGGAGAAUGACUGGCUCGGAGAGGCAUUGGCGGAACAGGCUGCGAUCAGCAAAUCUCCUUUAGCUAGGGGAUUGAGAAAGAUCAACACGGAUAGGGCAACGGUGGCUAUGCGAGAGCGUAUCUACGCCCAGGGUGGCAUUCUGAGUGUGACAUCGAGGAUAUUGAUCUCGGAUUUGCUUUUGAAUGUGGUUGAUCCGGACAAGAUUACGGGCAUGAUUAUUCUGCAUGCCGAGAAAGUCGUUGCAACCUCCCUAGAAGCAUUCGUCGCUCGUGUCUACCGACAAAAGAACAAAACUGGAUUUUUAAAAGCAUUCUCCGAUUCACCCGAACCGUUUACCACCGGCUUUGCCCCGUUGGCCAAUAUGCUACGAAAUUUGUUUCUGCGAAAGGCAUCUCUAUGGCCCCGAUUCCAUGUCUCCGUGGCCGAAGCUCUAGAGGGCAAUCGGAAGGCCGAGGUGAUUGAACUCGAAGUUCCGAUGAGUACAAAGAUGCGCGAGAUUCAAAACGCCGUCCUUGAAUGCGUCGAUAUCAGCAUUGCAGAACUACGAAAAUCAAAUACAGGCUUGGAUAUGGAGGAGUGGACGCUGGACAGUGCUUUGCAUCGCAAUUUCGAUGUUAUGAUUCGGCGACAGCUCGAGCCGAUCUGGCACCGCGUCAGCUUCCGAACGAGGCAAAUAGCCAAUGCUCUCCGCGAUCUCCGGGGCAUUCUCCAUGCGCUGCUUACCUAUGAUUCCGUGUCUUUCGUGAAAUAUCUCGACACGAUCGUUACGGCUAAUUCGCCAGCCCCUGGAUCAAACAGACACAACGACUCUCCUUGGCUUUUUCUUGACGCUGCACACGUACUGUUCCAAACAGCAAAGGCAAGGGCAUACGAAGGGAAAAUAAGCAAAGACUUGCAUCGCCCGUAUGGAUCUACGGGCUUUUCCUCCGAGCUGCAGCCUGUGCUUGAACCUCUUCCAAAAUGGGAUGUCCUCGCCGACGUCCUGGGCGAGAUUGAGCACGAUGCCUACCUUCACCCAUCAAGCCAUGAUGGAUCGAACAGCACUAUUCUGAUCAUGUGCAGCGAUCGACGAAUAUGCCGCCAGCUUCGCGAAUACAUCAACACUAUGCAUACGAAAGUUGGGAACGCGAAAGCCGCACCUGACGAAGAUGAAUCUACCGAAGAUAAUUCAUCUGCAAGCAUUAUGAUGCGUCGUUACCUGCGUGACUACCUCAACUGGAAACGAUCACUCUCCAAUAUUAAUAAGAACCUAUCUCUAUCUGUCGUGGGGAAUGAAACUGGAAAGCCAGGGUCGGCACAGGGUCAACAAGGAAGGCCGCCUCCAAAUAAACGUCGCCGAGUUCGUGGUGGUGGAGCUGUCAACUCGGCCGCCGGACGCGUGCCGAAUGCCAGUGUCCAAACGAAUGUUGAAUUGCCCGAUCAAGUUGCAGGCUUGCUUGAUGAGAUCCAACCUACCGAAAUUGAGGAGGAGCAGAAAGAAGAGAUCAUUAUUGAUGAUAUGAUGGAUAUAGAGGACUAUUACGAACUUUACGACAUGGACGAUCUCAUCAUGAUUCAUCCCUAUGAUGGAGAGAUGGACAGUCAAAUACUUGAAGAGGUGCGACCGCGAUACAUCAUCAUGUAUGAGCCGGAUCCGGCAUUCAUCAGACGAGUAGAGGUCUACCGCAGCUCUCACGUUGGAAGAAAUGUGAAAGUCUAUUUCAUAUACUACGGUGGAUCGGUGGAGGAACAGCGUUAUCUCAGCGCGGUGCGGCGAGAGAAAGACUCUUUCACAAAAUUGAUCAAGGAGAAGGGCAACAUGGCCGUGACAUUAUCCCAUGAUAAGAGUGCUGAAGACCCCCAAGAGCAAUUUCUCCGGACCGUCAACACUCGUAUUGCUGGAGGAGGUAGAUUGGCAGCAACCGCGGCCCCUCCGUUAGUAGUGGUUGAUUUGCGAGAGUUCCGAAGUGCUCUCCCUUCUCUUCUUCACGGCAGCAACAUGGUCAUCAAACCUGGUCAACUGACUGUUGGUGACUAUGUCCUCACGCCAGAUAUCUGCGUUGAGCGAAAAUCUAUUCAAGAUUUAAUAUCUUCCCUGCGAAACGGCCGUCUCUACAGCCAAGCUGAAAGCAUGCUUCAACACUACAAGAGCCCCUUACUUCUCAUCGAGUUCGACCAGAACAAAUCCUUCACUUUUGACGCUUUCUCCACGGGCCCUUCUUUCAUGACUGAAUCUGGCUUCUCGUCCACCGGGGCAGCGAUUAGCUCGAGCACGAGUGCACUUUCCAAUCCCUCCAACCCCAAAUCCCUUCAACACCUCCUCGUCCUCCUAACACUUGCAUUCCCCCGUCUCAAGAUUAUAUGGUCUUCUUCACCGUACCAGACCGCGGAGAUCUUCACCGAACUCAAGAAGAACGCCCCUGAGCCGGAUCCAAAUCGCGCAGUGAUGCUUGGCACCGGCCUGGAGGCGAUGGAUGAGUCCGGCUCGGGCAGUGGCACGACAGGAACAGCAGGGAUUGAGCACCGAAUUUUUAAUCUUCUCCCGCAAGAUAUGCUUCGUGCUGUCCCGGGGGGUGUCGCCACAGGCUCUGGAACGACUAAUCCUUGA